AUGUUCCGCUUUCUAGGCCGAGCUUUCGUUCCUCACCCGUCUACAGCCACCUUUUUAGAGAAUCUAGAAAUAGCCCACCUGGUUCAUUUUACAUCGAUUCACAUCUACGCGUUCCUGUUUUGGAAUCCGAACUUUCACCCAAGUUUGCAAGCAGUAACCCGUGAUGAACUGAAGCACGCACCCCCGCUUCCUAGACAAAACCACCGCUAUCCGUCUGUGACUUGCAGCAAUGCACAAGAAGCCCCAUAUUCAGAUCUAAAUCCAGAUCCAGAUCCAGAUUCAGAUUCAUACACAAAUCCGGACGCAGACUCUAGCUCCAACCCUGAACUAAGCCUCCGAAAGCCCCCUCAUCCCAAUACGCCCCUCUCCAACCAUCCCUACCCCUUUCACCGCAACCUUAGAAGCCUUUGCCAACGCCAUAAUAUACUUCGGGCAACACCACCCUUCCCUCACUAUCCCAUCACCAACCUUGUGCAAAUACUGUCACACUCCCCGAACCGGCCGACAAUGUUCCGCCCUGAUAGAGAUGUAACCGAGAAUUGGGAACUAGUAGUGGAAUUGUACGAUAAGCAGAGGAAAAAGAAGCUGGAGUUGAUAUUAAGGUAUGAUAUGAUAAUGACGAUUAUAUGGAUGGGGGUGCUAGAGCUGAAGCUGGAGGUGGAGGUUCUAUCGAGGAGUGAAGACCUGGACGUAGAUGUGGAUGUGGAUGUGGAACUGGUCGUGUUACACCAGCACCAGUACAGGCCACAGUUGCAUCUGACGCCUCCCGCAGGCAGACGGCCUCUAGCAUCAAAGGCCAUCUCCACACUCACAGAGUCACCGCCCCCUACAAGCCGGCUACUGAGCCACAACAUUGAAACAAAAACUAGGACACUAUGCCGCCGAAUUAGAUUACUAUCUCGCGAUCGCGAAUUUUACCGUGGAAGCCCGAGUAGUUUGAGGCAUGCCGUGAUUCUUUCGAGCAUUGCGUUGGAGUGGCAGUGGGUGAGGGAAACCAAUCAGAAGUUGACCGAGUUUUCAGAGAGGGAUGCUCUCGAGUUGGAGAACAACAUGAGAUAG